UGCCCGGAGAUGGUUGAGCCUGAGCGAUGUGAACUGAACUGGAGUUCAGUGCAAUGGAGACGUUUUGGCAAGAAUGAAACUUCAAAAGAAUGAAACUAUACAAUAUAAUGCAAAACUAUAUGAAACAAAAGUAAAACUUUGAGUCCGCGUUGCACUACGCAUAGACCACUUGGAAUUGUGUGGUUUCUGCCACAAGGAGACUGGACUUUGUCUUUAGGACUCCAGCCGACGUGAACACAGACGUCUAGACCUAAGCAUGGCGUCUACGCUGCCCUCUACGCUGCCAUCUACGCUGCCAUCUAUACUGCCCUCUAUGCUGCCAUCUACACUGCCCUCUACGCUGCCCAGACCAGACUGUCAUAUGGACAGGAGCGGGAGCUUCUUUAAGGUCUCAGACGGACUCACAGACUCAGACCUAAGCAUGUCUGCUACGCUGCCCAGACCAGACUGUCAUAUGGACAGGAGAGGAAGCUUCUUUAAGCUGAUAGACACGUUUGCGUUGGAGAUAGGGGAGCUGAAGCAAGAGAUGGUCCAGACCUCCCCAACAGAGGACAGGGACCCAUACCCUAUGGUUCUACAGGGGUUGGAGGGGGAGGUGAGCGGGGUUUACCUCCAGUCCUCGCCCUGCGCUGGCGCCAGUGGUGAAAGAGAUUCUGGGUACGACUCCCUGCGUAGGCGGAUGAGCGUGCUGGACAGACUGAGGCAUACGCACCCCGUGUGGCUACUGCUCACGCUCAGUGACAAGGAGGCCACGCGUAUACUGCUGCAGCAGCCUCCAGGGGUAUUCUUGGUGAGGAAGUCAUCCUCUCUUCAGAGGAAAGUUCUGUCUCUAAGGGUCAGUGAUGAUGACGUCUCAGGAGGAGCUGGAGUCUGUGACUUCCCUGUCAGAGAGAGUCAGUACACCUUUUCUCUGGAAGGAUCUGGGAUCAGUUUUGCAGACCUGUUUCGCCUGGUGGCCUUCUACUGUAUCAGCAGGGACGUCCUUCCCUUCACCCUGAAUCUCCCAGAAGCCAUUGCAGCCUCCAAGACUCAGAAGGACCUGGAGGAGGUGGCCCAACUCGGAGCAGGAUUCUGGCACUCUGCUCUAGGCAGCCUGCGAAGGACAACCACUCCCUCUCGCCCUCCACCACAGCGCCCUGACAGAGACGGUGACAUCCAGGGUGCAGAGAGGACACAAGAGAAACAGAGUGCGACUCGCCACAGCAGCGUUCCUCCAGCUCGUCCCCCUUCCUCCUCCUCCUCUCGCCUGGAGAGAAGCCAGUCCAACGGGGCUCUUUGCUUCGUCAAUCCCCUCUUCCUCCAAACUCACCGGUGGCUUGAGGAAGACCCUCAGUCCUCUUCCUCCUCUCCUUCCCCCUACGCCACACACUCCACCCCCAGCCCGGGGACUACCGGUGGGACGUCUUCGGCCCCUGUCACGGACCCCAACGUGAAAAGGAAGUCACGCCCCCCUCGGCCCCCACCCCCCCGUUCCCUCCUAUUCCCGCCCCCGUUCCCUCUCCCAGCGCCGCCAAGCUCCUCCUCCCCCCACCCCUCUUCCGCAGAAGCCCAAGAGCAGCAUGCCCGAAAAGCCCACAGCCAUUGUUGUCACCAGGCAACCACUGCAACCCUCAUCCAAUCAGAACCUUCGCCCGACCCCUCGCCCUCCCAUGGGUGCCAGCCAUUCCAAAAAACGACCAGCAGCGCCGCCAUCCCUGUGCCCCACCAACACCCUCAACACCCUCCUCCCCCACGCCCCAAAAAACCUGACAUCGACGCCCACCGGUGCCACAUCGCUCUUGAUGAUGAGACUAUCGCCAAGGCUCUGUCCCGUGCCAAGCUUCCCCCGUGCCAGACACCGGCCAUACCCGCUCCCUCCAUAGUGGGAAAUGGUGCUGGUAGCCCCCCCAGCCCUCCGGGUAAGACCCCCAGGCGAGAGGGACAGGAGGGGAGGCUGAGCGACAUGUCCAUUUCCACCUCUUCCUCAGAUUCUCUGGACUACUCCCACCCUCCCCUCUCCCUCCCCGCCAGCCCCCCUCUCAGAUUACGACAUCACCUUGGCAACAACGAGGACAGCAGCGAGGACGAAGACCUCUGUGACGAAGAAGAGGAAGACUACGGCGUCAGCCUGGAGAACGACCUGGAACAGGGCCUCCGUCCUCCCUUCAAAGCCCGCCGGAGAGGGGUCGGAGUCGGGGUCAAAGUUGCGCUGAGCUUCCGGAAAGUUUCUGGAGUCUUCAGCACCUUCAUGACCCCAGAAAGGCGAGCCGUGAGGAGGAUAGCGGAGCUCUCCAGGGACAAGAGUUCCUACUUUGGAUGCCUGGUUCAGGAUUAUAUCAGUUUUGUACAGGAGAAUAAGGGGUGUCAUACGUCAGGCUUAGACCUCCUGCAGACCCUCAGACAGUUCAUGACCCAGAUGAAGGCCUACCUGACGCAGAGCUCCGAACUGGACCCGCCCAUCGAAUCCCUCAUACCCGAGGAUCAGAUAGACUCUGUCCUGGAGAAGGCCAUGCACAAAUGUGUGUUGAAGCCGCUGAAGGGCGUAGUGGAAGUGGCCCUGCACGACUUCCAGGUGAGCAGUGGAGGCUGGCAGCAGCUGAGGGAGAACCUGGCCCUGGCUAAGACCCGGAGGCCCCAGGACCUGGGUGUGGACGGGGCUGUGCCCCCUGACCCCAUGGCCAUCGAGAAGAUCCGCCACAAGUUCCACAACAUGAGGAAGAUGUACUCUCCGGAUAAGAAGGUGUCGCUGCUGCUCCGAGUGUGUAAACUCAUCUACACCAUCAUGCAGGAUAACUCAGGGAGGAUGUACGGAGCAGAUGACUUCCUACCGAUGCUGACCUAUGUCCUGGCCCAGUGUGACAUGCCUCAGCUGGACACUGAGAUCCUCUACAUGAUGGAGCUGCUGGACCCCUCACUGCUGCAUGGAGAGGGUGGCUACUACCUGACCAGUGCGUACGGGGCCAUGGCUCUCAUCAAGAACUUCCAGGAGGAACAGGCAGCCAGGGUCCUCAGCUCAGAGGCCAGAGACACCCUGCACCAGUGGCACCGCCGACGCACCGCCCAGCGCACGGCACCCUCCGUGGACGACUUCCAGAACUACCUGCGAGUCGCCUUACAAGAAGUCAACAGCGGCUGCACAGCCAAAACCCUCCUCGUCCACCCGUACUCCACCACCGAAGAAGUAUGCUCGCUCUGCGCCUACAAGUUCAAUGUUCAUGACCCCGAGAACCACGCCCUCUUUCUCAUCACUGAGGCAACCAGUCAGCAGCUAGCCCCGGACACACACCCCCAGCGAAUCAAAGCGGAGAUACACAGCCACCCAAACUCGCAACCCUUCCAUUUUGUCUAUCGCAGAGUGCCCAACCUUAACUUGUGUAUACCAGCUAUCCCAGCUAACCAGCACAAUGGCAACUGCCUAGCCAAUUGGAUGAAUUAAACUGAAUGAAAAAGAAAUAAAACGUUAUUGAUCCCUAGAGGGGACAUUGGAUUUUUCACUAGUGUACAAACGCAUACAGGGACAGACUCAUACAUCAGAACACAUAGACCUGAGAGAGCACUGAUGGAUGGUGGAACAAGUACAAUACCUGACUGCUGAGAUUGAGGCAGUCCUAAUAUGGACCCCACGCGGGUAUGAUGGAGUGAUACUGAAUGGUGAUACUGGGGAUGUCCUAAUAUGGACGUGUAUCCAUAGAAUGGUAGUGAAUGGCGGAAAUUGAAAAAUUGCACUGUAUGUUUCAACUAUAGGGUCAGUGAAUGUUGCUGUGUGUUGUGAAGGGAUCCUAGACUACUCAAUGGAAAAAGUAGUUUCUAUUCUUCUUAAAAGGAGACAGAAAGAGGAAGCAGGUAGGGAGAGAAAUGUCUGGUGUCUGCAUGCAUUUCACUCGCUUUUUAGGGAUACGGCACGUGAGUGUCAGGAAUUGGUUGGUCAAGUCCAGUGUGGAGUCAGCUAGUGACCACUCUGCAGAGCUGACUCCAGGGCAAGAUUCAUGACAAUAAACACCAAGCUACAUUUAGCAUGCUUGAAAUUUAAAGGCUAUUUCUGAUUGAGCCGACAAAUGCAAUUUACGGUGAAUGCAGUCUCCAUAAACGUGGGAACAUUGCCAUUAAAUGUAAAUUGUGCUAUAACUUUCAACUUCAGCGAUUAUGGAUUGAAUCGAGCCACCCCACUGGGCACAAACUGGUUGAAUCAAUGUUGUUUCCACGUUAUUUUAAAACGAAAAAAAUACGUUGAAACAACGUGGAUAGACAACAAAUUGACGUCUGGGCCCAGUUGUCCUGGUGGGAUGUGUGAAGAAACUAAACAGAUGCUUUGACAAGGUUGGCUGGACUUUUCAUGUGGAUUUGGCGACCCCUAUAAGAUAUUUGCAGAAUGGCUUGCAGCAGUAUGGACAUCAUGUCAACUUGCGUACUCUUAAAUCUACAACCUAACUGCCAUUUGCAACGCCAUUAUAUUCAAACAAAAGCAGAAAAAAACACACUGCUCUUGCUGGUUUUACUUGUAUUGAAUUAUUAUGCUUUAAUAAGAGCAAGAGCAAUGUGCAGGUUUCUCUUUUCUUCGAGGUUAUCAUAUUCCCCUUGCACCUGCAACCAGAUAACUCAGAUGUGCGAGUGCUUUUUUUGAAAUAAGAAAUGCAAUUAUAUCAAAUUAUAUAACUGUAUAUAUUUUUUCCUGUAGCAUUUUGUAUGAUUAUUUUGCUGUAGUUGCUGGUCAACUGUAGACAACGUAAAAGUGUAGAUUGUGUUUUUAUAGGAAAAUGCUAUUUUAUUUGGAUUGAAAACGUAACCAGUGUGUUCCUGAGAUCAUUUCCCCCACAUGUCGUUCGAUUAUAUGCCAGUAAAUUAAACCAAUAAAUAUUUUGGAGACAGAAUCUGAAUUGACUCAACUAAACUUUUGUCUAUAUCAACUGCCUCAGCAAAUGGGAAUGACUGUAUUCAAAGUUGUACUAGAAAGUUGAAAUUGUAUUGGUUGACGGGAAUAUACUAUAUUUGUUUCUGUCUGUUAUCUAUAGGGGUCACUGGCUGAUUCCUUAUCAGCUAUUGAGAAGAAAUGACAAUCUAAACUAAUUUCCCCUUGAGGAUGACUAAAGUACAAUCGCAUCUCAGUCAGUUUUAUUGUGUAUUACUCAGAGGUUGGUGAUCUCUAAGAAGAAAACGGUCAACAGUUUUAUUGAGAUACGUAUUGUACAGUCAGUUGAUAUAAUGGUAAUUAUUCGGUUACAACAUAACCAUUUCUAACCAUUGUGAUACUGUGAUUGCUAACACCUGUAUGAUUUUUCCAUCACUGUUUUGACAAGUAGAAAAGGAUGAGUAGUGUGUUCGAUUAAUAUUAUGACACUUAAUGCAAUGCUUAAAACACUACUGCUAAACCAACCAAACUGUCUUUUCGAUCUUGUAUAUGUUCUGGGGGAUAUUUUGUAUUUAUUUUUUGAACUUUUAUGCAAAGAAAGUUGAUGAAAUGAUGGGGGGGUUAAAAUACACGAGAUGGUGUUGGGUGUCCUCUCCCAAAAGCCCUGUAGUAGCCUUUCUUUGACUAUUGCACCCAUUACAACUAAAAUUCCCCAUUAUGGUGUUCUUUUGUUGACCUUAGUGACCAUUUGUUGUCAUGUUGGACUAAAGUAGGAAUGAAUAUACUUUAAUAAGAAAUACGAUGCGUUUUCAAAUGUUACUCUACAAACAGUUACGGUCUUUUUUUCUUUGAAUAAAAACACCACAAUGUAA